AAGAAUUAACAUUAGUAGCUUUGUUUGUGCAAAAUGUCAACAUUAAAUCGUCCCAAAUCUCCACAUACGCCCACAACAAUUAAAAAGGGCGAAAAGGAAGAUAGCUUUUGGGACAAAUUCAGUACAUUGGGUCGCAAGCGUGGUACACGAGAAGUUAAAAAAAUCCAAGAGGAGGGCAAAUAUGCUAUCGACUCGCCAGGCUCACCGAACCAAUAUGACAUACCACCUGAGGAUUAUGCCCUGCGCGAGCACGAGCAACGCGCUGUCAUUGACCCUCAGUCCAUCAAUGAUCCGGAGGUGAUGAAGCUGCAACGGAUACUUAUCGAUUGGAUCAAUGACGAACUGGCUGAGCAACGCAUCAUUGUCCAGCAGCUCGACGAGGACAUGUAUGAUGGACAGGUGCUGCACAAACUCUGGGAGAAGCUGACGGGGAAAAAGUUAGAUGUGCCCGAGGUCACACAGUCAGAGCAGGGUCAGCACGAGAAGCUAAACAUUGUGCUGAAAGCCGUCAAUCAUACUCUUGGCUUUCAUCAGAAGAUACCCAAAUGGUCUGUGGCCAGUGUACAUUCGAAGAAUAUUGUGGCCAUAUUGCAUCUGCUGGUCGCCCUGGUGCGUCACUUCCGUGCUCCGGUGCGUCUGCCUGAAAAUGUCUUUGUGACCGUGGUCAUUGCGGAAAAGAACGGAGGCGUGUUGAAUGCACAGAAGUUCCAAGAGCAAAUCACCUCCGAGUAUGAUGAUUUGGGCAUGCGUUGUGAAAAGGAUGCAUUCGAUACACUCAUCGAUUGCGCACCCGACAAAUUGGCUGUCGUGAAGAAGUCUCUAAUAACCUUUGUCAAUAAGCAUUUGUCAAAACUAAAUUUCGAAAUCAACGACUUGAACACGGACUUUCGAGAUGGUGUCUAUCUAUGUCUGCUGAUGGGUCUUUUGGGAGGCUUCUUUGUGCCGCUUCACGAAUUCCAUUUAACGCCCCAGGAUGUCGAUCAGAUGGUUAACAAUGUGGCAUUCGCAUUCGAUUUGAUGCAAGACGUAGGCUUGCCUAAGCCAAAGGCACGUCCUGAAGAUAUCGUCAAUAUGGACUUAAAGUCAACAUUGCGAGUGCUCUACAGCUUGUUCACCACAUUUAGGGAUUAUGCCUGAUGUAGCAUGCCAAGUUCUAUCGUUGUCAACAUAUAAUAUAUGUGUGUGUAUUUUUUUUCUUUUAUUCAUAUGUGUUUAUGAUUAUUUAUGUUUAGUUUUAACUCUCAAUUUUGCUAACCGUCUGAGCUGGAUCUGCCAACGCCACCUUAUCGCUUCCUUUUCCCCAUUAGUUAACUUGUCUUUGUCAAAUGGUACCAAACCGUUAUUGUUACUAAACGAAUUUUUACCUUGUGUAUUAAUAAAUGUGCCUUUACUAUUGUAAGGUCCCCCGAAA